AUGGCCAGAGCCAGUCACGAGGCCGCCCUCGGUUCUCCGGAUGCCGUCCACUCCUACGCCGAAGAAAAGAGGGAUCUCAACCAGGUCGAGCGUGUCCUGUCCGGCGACGACGAGAAGACCGAUCACGUCAAUUUCGACCGUAUCGACGAUGAAGUGGCCAAGUAUGCGAACGCUACGGGCUCCGUUGUCAUUACCGAGGAAGAGAACAAGCGCUUGAAGAGACUCGUUGAUAAGCGUGUACUUCCAAUCAUGGUUAUCACGUAUUUCCUGCAAGCGCUGGAUAAAGGCACCAUGUCCUUCACUUCCAUUAUGGGAAUCCGCGACGACAUUCCAGUCUUAAAGGACAACCACUAUUGGGGAUGGCUCACCACAUGUAUCUACCUUGCGGUUCUCGUAGUCGAGUACCCGACCAACUGGACCAUUCAACGUGUACCGAUCGCAAAGUACCUUGGGUUUAAUAUUUUGGCAUGGAGUACCGUGCUUGCUUGCCACUCUCUCUGCUUCAGCUUCCCUGCUCUUGUCAGCAUUCGAACUCUACUCGGUAUCUUCGAGGCUGUUUGCCAGCCGGCGUUUCUCCUCAUGAGUUCCAUCUGGUACAAACGCGAGGAACAAGCGCAGGUGGUUACCUACUGGUAUAUGAUGAACGGAGCGCAGCAGAUCGUGGGUGGUCUACUCGCCUAUGCUUUCUCCCAUAUCAGGCAUCGUAGCUAUCUUCUACACCCAGGAAAUGCUUCAAUUAGGUCUUGGCAGGCCAUCUUCAUUACCUAUGGCUCGUUCUCCUUCUGUUGGGGACUCUUUGUGCUGUACUGGCUACCUGACAGCCCCAUGCGCGCCAAGUGCUUUUCGGAAGAAGACAAGAAGUUGCUAGUCGAGCGCGUUCGCUCCAACCAGACUGGUCUCCAGAACAAGAAGUUCCGAAGCUACCAACUCAAGGAGGCUCUGCUUGAUCCUCAGACAUACUGCUAUAUGUUGAUUCAGAUUUGCACCACGAUUCCGACUUCCGGUCUUGGUGCUUUCUACCAGAUCAUCAUCAAAGACCUCAAAUUUUCGGUUCUGGAGACUCAGCUCCUCGCCAUGGUUCUCGGUGCUGUGAUCAUUUUCACCCUCAUGGGUUCGGCGUAUCUUACCAAGACAACCAACCAGAACCUCCUGACCAUGGGUCUCUUCUUGAUUCCAUCCUUUAUUGGCACCAUCGUCAUCAUGACAGUCAAGAAUACCAGUGCUGCGACUCGCGCCGGUCUUCUCAUCAGCUACUACAUCGUCUUCACCUUUUGGGCCGCACAAGGUCUCGGAAUGUCCAUGCUGACGCGUAACGUUGGAGGUUCGACUAAGAAGAGUAUAUGUAUCACCAUGAACUUCCUCGCUUGGUGCGCCGGCAACGCAACCGGGCCCCAAAUCUUCUUCAAUGGUGACGGGCCUCGCUACCUGAAGGCUUUCUCAGUUCAUCUCGGCUGCUACACGCUCCUUGUUUGUGUCAUCAUCUUCUUGCGCUUCAACCUGACAAUGCGCAACAAGAAGAAGGACAGAGAGUUUGGUACUGAGAUCAACACCACACAUGGUUUCGACGACUUGACAGAUAGGGAGAACCCUAACUUCCGAUACGUGACCUAA